AUGUUAACUUCUUUACCUUCCUUUUCUCGGUUAAAUCAACUUGCAUCUUCUGAUUCAACUUCCAAUUCCAACCAGUAUCCCAAUUCCAAUUCUCAAGGUCACUACUCAGGUUCUAAUCAAGGAUAUCAACCUGUUCAAGGUCAACAACCUUUAUACCCGCAAUUGCCAGGAUUACCCAAUUCCAAUCAAUAUCAAGGAUAUAAUGGAGGAGGAGGAGGGGGUGGAAACAGUGGGGCUAUACAACAAUAUGGAUACCCUCAACCUGUUCCAUCAGGUCCAUCAGGAUACAACCAACCUACCAAUCAAGUUGGACCGUAUAAUGCACAAUCAACAUCCUUGUACGCUCAACAGAACAACUAUAGAUAUCCUAACUCUACUGGAACUCAAGGUUCAACCCAAAUGCAACCUCAACAAUUGGAAACUGUAUCAAAAGAUGAAGAUCCAAUUUAUGGUCCUUUAGGUAGGACGAGAGGUAAGAUUGAUAGAGCCUUAUUGGGCGAUAAUGAGAUUAGUCCAGAUUUAGCAGAUGGUUUAAGCCUUCCAUUACAAUCAAGUGAAUCCUAUAUUAACCCCCCAAGUCACGCAACAGCAUUCAAACCUGCUCGCAUUACGAAACGGACGCCUUUACCUGACGCUUUACAUCAAGAGUUGAAUUUCAAACACCUUACUGCUAAAAUGGGCCUAUUUGAGGAAAUCGAAAGAGCUUGGUUUACAGUAGAUAACAAGCUGUUUUUGUGGGAUUAUAGUGAUGGUCGCGAUUUUAGCAGAUAUGACGAACAAAACGAUACUAUCCAAGCUGUUGGCCUAGUAAAAGCUCGAAAAGACGUCUUUGUAGACGAGAUCACUCAUGUUCUCGUCAUCUGUACAUCCUCUAAAGCUACUCUACUCGGAUUAUCUCGACCCCCUAAUUCUCGUGAAAUCAGUCUAUAUGCAACCAACCUCUCAGUAGAAACCCCAACUGCUAUGGUAGAUAUCAAAGGCACUUCCGCGGGACGAAUUUUCACGCUUGGAGCGAACAAGGAUCUUUACGAACUAGAUUACUCCUCGGAUAGUUCAUGGUUCUUUGGAAGUUCCACUAGAGUAGGACUACAUAACAGGAGCAGUGGUAGUUUGGCGAAUUGGACUCCUGGAUUCUUGGCCUCCAAAGCUAAGGAAGGUAUCGAAUCGUUUGCUUUGGAUAGUCAACAGGGACGACUAUACACCUUGCAAACCGGUGGAGAGAUCGAGAUGAUAGAUGUUUCAGGUGCCAACUAUAUAAGCAAAGCGAGGUACACCAAGUUGAAACAUGAUCUCAACCGUAAUGGGCAAGGUGGGAAUGUCAAAGUAGUUGCUUUAGCAAUCAUUGGUGGACAUGAAAGUAAAAGAGCUUGUCUAGUAGCUAUCGCGUCUAACGGUCAUCGUGUAUACUUUGCAACUACGCCUUCUUUUUGGCCCUCCUUUUCCCGAGCUUCCCUGCCUUCUCAAGCCAAUCUUCCGGUCUCCGCCCAAUCAUUCUACUCGUCAGGAACGUUCAUAUCCGUACAACAUGAUAAUACUGCACCUACGCCUCAAACUCAACUCAAUUUCGCAGUCCCUAAUUGUGGUCGUCAAUCAGCUUUACGUGAAAAUAUGGAUUCAUAUGAAUCACCUGCAUUCCAAGAGUGGACAACAACAGAAGUCAUCCCUAGUCAAGUAUGGACCAUCGUUGAACUACCCUCAACAAAUCCUGCUUUUUCCACACCAAGCUUAACGAGAGCAGAUGGCAUUGCUUUAUCUCCAUUACCCAGACAGGCAACCACUCAAUCUAGAGAAUUCUUAGUCCUUGCUACUAGUGGCUUGUUCUGGGUUAGUCAACCUAGACCUAUAGACAUGCUACAGAGUGACUUGGAAUUAGAAAAAGAUGCGGCUAUAAAUACCGUUCGAUUGCAAUUUGGUAAAUCGCAAUUGGCGGCUAUGUCCCUUCAAUUGGGUGCUACGACGGAUCUGAAACAAGCCGAUAUCACCUCUGCUAUUUCUACGAUUCUUCUCACAUCGGGCGAACCUAUCAUCAAAGACAGCACUGGAGGUAAAACUAUCAACUACUCAGGUAGACAUGAUGGUUUAGCUCUGAUAAUCGCUAGAUACCUUAGACCAAUAUGGAACACGAAAGUCACUGUACCAGCUUAUGGUGCACCUGGAAGACAGCUUUUAGGUGUGACCGAAGGUGUUCUUUUAGCUGCACAAGGGAGAUUAGAGAAAUUGAGAAGGUACCUAGAUGAGCAUCCCUUUCAAAGAUAUCAAGCUGAAGGAGACGCUAAAAUUGCUUGGGAUCAAGAGGAUAUGUCAAUACAUGGCUUAGAGAUUCUGUUGAAACAGGCGGUAGAAGCUAUCUCAUUCAUCUUGUUGUUAUCAGAUUAUAAAUUGUCGGAUAUCAUCCUUAGAACCGACCCCCAAACCCAACAAACCCUAUCCAAUCUCACCUUCCAGAAUCUUUUGACUAGUCUUGACGGAAAAGAUGUGGCUCGAAGGCUGGUCACUGCUCUGAUCGAGCAACAGAUUGGUCAAGAGCUGGGUAUCGAUACGCUCAGUGAGAUCUUGCAACAACGAUGUGGUACUUUCUGUCAACCCGGAGACGUGGUGAUGUACAAGGCCGAGGAGUCCAUGCGACGGGCGGAGGGAUCAAGAGAUUUUGGCGAGAGGAGCGAGUCUCUUGCUGAAUCUCUUCGUUUAUUCACACGAACAGCAGGUUCCAUACCGAUACCUAGGUUACAAGAGGUAUCGAAACGAUACAGAACUAUGCAAUAUACUGUUGGUGCUAUUCAACUUCCACUAAAAACAGCUGUGGACUUGGAUCCAAACGAUAAAGCCGUAGACUACGUAGGUGAUGGUGAACAUCCUGCUGAUCCCCGAAAAGCACUCUUCGAGGCUAGGAAACAAUGUUACGAGAUGGUCAUUGAGGCUCUAGGUAUGUUCGACGAGUUGUUAGACCGAGCUACACAGGAAGGAAAUACUGGAAGUGCGACACAGAAAAGAGAUGAAGCGUAUGCUCUUGCUAUUGCUUCUGACGAUGAAUUAUUCCAUUUCUACCUGUAUGAUUGGCACGUUGAGCGUGGACUACAAGAGCAACUGCUAGAGUUUGAUACUCCUUACAUUGAGCAAUACCUCAAAUUAACGAUCAACAAUGUGGAAGAUAGACGAGAUCUAUUGUGGAAAUUCUAUGCUAGAAGAGAAGACUAUUUACCUGCCGCAGAAGCAUUAUCAAAUCUUGCCACUCGACCAAGUCCUAUGGUGCUACACGACAGGUCCUAUUACCUAGCUCAAGCCUUGACUUCAGCGAAAUCGGCCGCCUCGCUUGGAUCUGAAGAUGUAGAGUUCACCUCUCGUUUACAAGAGCAGAUUGAUGUUGCUCAAGUACAGAUGGAAGUCGCUCGUGGGGUUGAGACUCAUCCUGAUAUGACGGCGGAUGAUAAGAAUGAAGUUCUGGCAAAGUUGAAUACCGAUCUGUUGCAGCUUGAUGAGCUGUAUCAAAACUUUGCAAGACCCCUACGACUCUACGAGCCCAUCUUACUCAUUCUCAAGACGGCCGAUACGAGGAUUGACGAUGUUUGUGAAGCUGUUUGGAGACAACUAUUGGGUACUUACAGAUCAGCUGGAAAUGUUGCCAUGUCAGAAAUCAUAGUCAGGCUGUGUAGGAGAUAUUCCCCUUCUGAGGCUGCCCCAUUGGACAUAAUGGUACCGGUAGUAUACGCUGAAGCUCAAGGCUGCUCGGGUGGUCAAGCCGGCUGGGCGACCAUGGCUCUGUUAGAUGGAGGUGUACCAUUACAUGAUUUAUGGGAGGCUACUGUUGGUUUAUAUGAGAAUUCCGAUGAUGAAGAGAGAGAUUAUUACGCUGAAGAAGUAUCUGUCAUCGCCUCCAGAUGGAUAGGAAGGAAAGACGAGAUUCCAGCUGCUGAGGUCGAAAGAUUCGCUUCCGCUUACUUACUGCGAACGAACGGAGCUCCAUUGGACGAUGUCAGACGUGGUACCAGGGAAAGACUGACAGCUGCCAAACAAGCUGCCGUGAGAUACUAG